AUGGCACUUAAUAUUACUAAACCAGGUAUUGCUACCUUUAUAUUAUUUGGUCUUGUAUGGAUCACUUUAAUUAUUUCUUUUUCAACAUAUUGGUAUAGAUUAAAAAUAGAAUCAUCAUCAUCAAGUGGAUCAACAGAAGAAAAUGAUUUUACAAUUACAGUUAAUAUGAAAUACAAUGAAUUCAAAGUGACACAAGAAACAAGUUUUGGAAAAACCACUGGUACUACAGAUAUUAAAGAGACUGAUCAAAAUAGAAAUCAAUUGGCUAUAUUCAAAACAUCUCUUGCAUUCUCUGUGAUUGGAUGGCUAUUUGUGACUGCUUCUCUUGUCAUGGUCAUGGCCAACAUUGCUGGACUAUUUAUCAAACUUCCCAAAGUAGCUGUUUUAAUUGCUAAAUUCACUCCCAUUGUUACAUUGGGUUGUUGUUUCAUUGCACUCUUUGUAUUCUUGGGUUUACCCAAUGCAACCAAGAGAGACUGUAUGAAUAGUGGUGGUAAUGAAGAUACUUGCAGUACCGAUCAAAAUAUUCACUUUAUGGGCUCGCAUACCGAAGAUACUGGUAACAUUAUUGUCAAGACUGCAUGGGGACCAACAACAUCUUGGGCUGCUAUUGUUUGUGCAACUGCUCUUCAACUUGCUGGUACUAUUGUCAAUAUUAUGUUCCAAAAAUAUGAACAUGAAACUCCUAAAUAA